CGGCAAGGCCUAUAUCUCCAGUAAAAACACCACCAUUUGAUACAAAAAUAAUUCAAGAUCUCUUAGUUUCUUCAGCUUUAAAUGUUUCAAAUCCUACUAAAAUGCCUUCAGAUUCUACUCAUCCUCCUUUAAAUAUAAAAUUACUUGGAGAUAAUUUUAGAAAAUUUGUUCAAAAGUGUGGUUUCAUUUUCGUUAUUCAAGAUUUUGCUGAAGAUUUAUUUUUAUGGAAAAAUCCACCGGAUACAUUAUUAGCCAUGGUUAUUUACGUUUAUAUAUGUUUAUAUCCACAAUUGUUAAUUCUCGCUCCAUUGGUAGCUUUCCUUGCUGUUCUUAUUUAUAAUUUUCCUAAUGAAUCACAAGCAAAGAAAAAGACUCAUAUUAAAUUUAAACGAUUCACGCAAUUAAAUAAUUAUCUUCCGGCAGAGAAUUCGGUUGAUUAUUUGAAAAAUAUGCAAAAUAUUCAAAAUCUAAUGGGAUUGAUUUCGGAUAUCUAUGAUGUAAUGGUUGAUGUGCUUAAGCAU